GACCAAAACGUUUUCUUAGUGGGCGGCGCCCAGUAGCCCGCCCAGUACAGGUAGCCGUACAACCUGUCCCUGACCGGUUGUGUCCGGUAAACCUUUUAUGAGAUGAACUGCGCCGCGCUGGCACGAUCACCGGGUCUAAGCUCAACCACGUACAUGAAAAUACGGUCCAUUUAAUUUUUCUUUUUAUACCGAACUUCCCGGUCACCUUGCCAUCUAUCCAUAAUAAAUAAGCCCAAUUAAAACCAGGCCCAUAGGAUAAGAGGAUCUCUCCCUCCGUCACAGUCAAAAUAAAACCAACAAACUAUUUGAAAGUAAUAUUUUAUUAUAGUAAUAAAACGAAAGUAAAAAUUAAAUUAAACGCGUAAACGCUGACGAAAUAAAUUUCUGCACUCUCCUGUUAAAUAUCUUCUUCUUCUUCUUCUUCUCUCUCACCCACCUCAGGAUUCCACGAGAUCUCCUCUCCCAUCCUUUCUUCUAACUUUCGCCGGAGAACUUUCCCGUCCCUCUGUGUAUUUUUCCUUCGAUUCGUCUCCCACUGUGUAUGGCAGAUAGUUUCUUGGCCCGUGAGGUAUCCGACCUAUGCCUGGGCAAGCCUGCUCUGAGGUCACUCGCCGUCUCCGCCACCGUCGCCGACGCUCUGUCCGCUCUCCGCCGCUUCGGUGACUCCUCCUCUCAUCUCAGCGUGUGGAGCUGCAACCACCGCUCUCAGGGCAAAUCUCUCGAUGUAGACGGCGAAUGCCUGUGCGUCGGGAAGGUCUGUAUGGUCGACGUCAUCUGCUUCCUCGCUAGAGAAGAGAAUUUAAAAAAUCCGGCCGUCGCGCUUCAGAAACCUCUCUCACUUCUCCUCCACGGCGUCCCCGCCGGCGUUGUCCGCCGCUUGGAGCCGCACGCCAGUUUGUUGGAGGCCGUAGAUCUGAUCGCGGAAGGAGCGCAGAAUCUGGUGAUUCCGAUCCACAGCCAUUUCUCGUCGAGGAAGAAGCUGAUUCAGAGGAGCUGCCCCAAUUCCACCCUCCACGACGGCCGCGAGUUCUGCUGGCUGACGCAGGAGGACAUAAUCCGCUACCUCCUCAACUGCAUCGGCAUCUUCUCCCCCCUCCCGAAUCGAACCGUCGAAUCGCUCGGCAUCGUCGACAAGGAAUCGAUCCUGGCCGUCCAUUACGACGACCCGGCGUCCUCCGCCCUUCCCUUGAUCUCCCAAUCUCUAAUCAAGCAGACAUCCGUGGCGAUUCUUGACUCGGAAGGGAAGCUGGUGGGGGAAAUCUCUCCCGCCGCGUUGAAUUGCUGCGACGAGUCCGCGGCCGCCGCGGUUGCGACCCUGUCGGCGGGGGAUCUGAUGACGUACAUAGACUGCUUCGGUGACAUGCCGGAGGAGCUGGUGAAGAUGGUGAAGGAGAGGCUGGCGGCGAAGAAUUUGGAGGCGGCGGUGGAGUUGGUGGUUGCGGCGGCCGGAGAUGACCACGAUUCCGACUCCUCCACGGAGAUCUUGUCCUCUUCCUCCGACGAGGAGUGCGGAGGAGGAGGGAGAAGGAGGCAUUCGCCGAGAGUGGUGAGGAGCACGGAGGACAUAAUGUGCCAUCCGUGGAGCUCGUUGGUGGCGGUGAUGAUCCAGAUGCUGUCUCACCGGUCGGCGUACAUUUGGGUUGUGGAAGAGGACGGGAUGUUGGUCGGCGUCGUUACCUACGCCGCUAUGAUGGAAGUUUUCCGGGAACAUUUGUAACCAGUGGCUUAGCGAUUUCUUCUCCUCCUCCUUCCCCACUUCUCUAUGUUUAAGGUGAAGUGUUAAUUUCUUACGUUUUUCUUUCUUCCCAACUCUUCUGUUGUAGAAUGGAAUUGGGUCUCUCUUUGUCGUCUCUGUAGCUGCAUGGUGGGUGAUCUUGGUCGAUUUCGAAUCUGAAACUUUACCCACAAAGUUCACGAAGUAGAAAACAAAGAUGUCGAUACAUUUAACAGUGAUAUUUUCAACAAGAUGUGUGGUUAGGAUUAAACAGGUAAUAACACUAGUGAUUAGUGAAAGCAGGUUGGGGAUUAGUGAAAGCAUACUCCAAUUUGGGCUUUGGGGGAUGAUUCUUCCUGGUUGGAUUUGAUAGUAAUAGGCUAAUAGAUCAAUGGGAAAUGGGAAUGGGAUGCAUUCAUUCUCCCCCACCUCCAUCCCGCUAGGGGAUAUCUUGGUAUCUACCGUAUCGUGAGUAGGGCACCACUCAUUGUUCGAUUAUGCCGUUAAAAGUAUGAUUCUACCUAGAAACGAAAAGGGGAUAAAAUUGUAAAAUGUAGAAUUAAAGCGUUAAAACGUAAGUUUUUGACGCAUGCUUUAAAAUAACUGAAAAUCCAUUGAGCACGACAUUUACUAUGUAAAAUAUGAGUGCACAGAAUUUUAAAAAAGUUAAUAAGUACCUGCAAUUCAUGCCUAUAGUAGAACAACUUAUAACCUCUUAAUAAUAAGUUCAUAAACAUAAAUCAUAACAAUAAGCCACAUCCCCCUUUACGCUAAUAAAUUUGGGAAGAGCCUAGCUGGUGAAAUAGAUUACUCUAUUGAAACCGAGAAUGGAUCCAAGUACCCCAGUAUGUAUCUUUUAAUCUUCAAAUGAUCAUAUUGUUGGUAAUUUACCAUUAAAAUAUACUUUUUAUAAUUAAUGCCAUGAAAAGAAUACUCAUUUAGUGAAUUAAAAGCGUCAUAGCAUAAAGCGUUUUAGUGAACUAGAAGCGUAAAAGCGUAAGUUUUUAAACUUUAAAACGCAAUUUAGUCCAAUUUUGUAAACAAAGGUUUUUAUGUGGAAACGAAAGCGUUUUGGUGAUCUAGAAACGUAAAACCAUAAGUUUUUAAGUUUUAAAACGCGAUUUUAACUGCAUUAUCUGCAACUCCUUAUGGUUCUCAAUUAGUCAAUUUUUUACAGCCACCCAGUUUGAGAAACUUAGUUGAAAAUCUACCUCAAGCUUCUGAGAGGCGUGCUUGAAGGCAGAAUGCUGACGUUAAGGUUGGAGUUUGAGGAAGAUCGUAGUCACCAUUCACCAACCUGGAAUUCGAGAUCUUAGUGCCUCGCCGUCAACAUGGUGUUCAUCUGAAUUUGGAUAGCUCCAAAUUGUGCUUGAGUUGUUGCAUAAUCUUGUUACAGUCAACAAGCAAAGCUUGCUCUCAACUCACAAUAUGAGAGUGAAUGGUGGUCAGUAUGUUCAUACGUAUCAGCAUGAUAUACUACAACAGAAAGAGAUUAAUUCAUGGGUUUUUUCUUUCUUUCAAAAUAUAUGAAACUAGAUGUUAUUUUGUCGAAUAUAGUUAAUAUGAGUUUCAAAUAGAAAAGAUUAUAAAUUAGAGUUAAGACUAACAGGAUAUAACACUCAUAAGAAAAAAUAUAUAUAACCUGCUCCAGCUCGACAAGCUAAAUAGCAAAGAGAGACUUCUUGUUGAGAUUGUUGAGUUUUUUUCUUCUUCCAAUUAUGUCUCUACCUUUAUUAUGCGUUUGCUUUUAAACAAAAGAUAGAAGUAACA